GUAAACUCCGUCAUGUCUCUUUCAUCCUCUCCUCUCCUCUCCGUAGCUGAUUUUUAAGAGAGACAAUCCUCAAUGCAAUGACACAUCCGAUGCCCCUUCCGUACCUUUUUUUUUUCUUUUCCUCUUUCUCUCUCUCUAACUGUCCAAGCUAUUUGAACACUUGCCAAAUAUUCUUGUUCAAUCAUGUCUGAAAAAGUAAUCCUCUGUACUGGUGCCAACCAGGGCUUGGGUUUUGCCAUCCUCCAGGUUGCUGGGCUGCGCCACCCAACAAACACCUAUAUCCUUUGCAGCCGUGAUCUGAAUGCUGGUCAACAGGCGGUCCAGAAACUCAAAGACCUGGGCGUGACUGCCAAGAUUGAUUUGGUCCAGCUGGACGUCACCAAUAACCAGCAGAUUACCGCCGCGGUCAACCAUGUUACCAAGACCUAUGGAAGACUAGAUGUCUUGAUCAACAACGCCGGUAUCAUCCGUCUUCCAUCCAAAGACGACCUCUCAGCGGCUCGAAACGCCUACAAUGAAAUUCUGAAUGUCAACAUCACUUCUGUUGCCCUCGUCACCACUGCCUUCACUCCUCUUCUCUACCAGUCUUCCGCCCCCAAGGUCAUCAACAUCUCCUCCGGCCUGGGCAGCAUCCAGAACUCUCUGACCAAGAAAAUGGGCCGCUCCCCGCCGUACGGUGCCAGCAAGAUCGGCAUGAACGGCCUCACGGUGCACAUGCAGGUUGCCGAGAACGACCGCGUGGAAGCUGACGCCGAUAAAUCGGGUGGCAAGCCGCGUAUUCAAUUCUACGUCUGCGCGCCUGGCCCGCUCAAGACGGCAUUCACAAACUACUGGCCAAAUGGCAGGUCUCCCGAGGAGGGAGCAGAGGUGGCCGUGCACCUGCUUGCCGACGAUACCGACAAGUAUGAAGGGGGGUCGUACUGGGAGUUUGCAGAUGGCGAGAUGAAAAUUGUUCCCUGGUAGAUAUAUCUUCACAGAAACUACUUUUGCAGGGUCAGGAACGAAGAGGCAGGGCACACCAAAUAUUCAGAUAUUUUUACUGUCAUAUACACCGUAGGCAGCAGGCUCGAAUUCGCAAUUUCACCCAAAAAGCCAAUUAAAUUAGCAAGC